UACAUUGUAGCUCUGUGAAAAUUAAUUUCACAAUAAAAAAACGUGAAUUAUUGUAAAUACAAUUAACUGAAUACUACUAAAAUAAAGCCACAAUGUCAGUGAAAGAGAAAGAAUUCUUCGGACCGCUAACACUUCAUCAAAAGGACGAGAAUCCUUCGAUUUUCAAAAGCGAAGAGCUAUCCGAAUGUUCUUGUGUUUUGUGUGAAGAAAAGUUCACAUUGCCUGAAAAUGAGAAACAGUUGCUUACUCAUUUGUUUAUGGAACAUCGUCUGGUUAUAGCUGAUGUGAACCAGAUCGUUGAUUUGAAGGAAUACUUGCGAUAUUGGAGACUCAGAUUUAAAGAUCAAAACUUACCCUUCUUCUGCACCACUAUGCUCUUGGAUAAUAAGCCAGACGGUACAAAAUCUAAAAAUGAGGAAUAUUACCUACUCAGUGAUGUCCUCCCUGAAGACAAAGAGCUACGAACGAAUCUUCAACAAACAAGACUAGAAAAGCUAUUAGAAAGACACCAGUUUGAACGAGAAGAUAAAAACUACAUAAGAGAAUGUCUCUUCUGCCGUAAUAUUUCGACGACAACCAGAGCGACUUAUCUAAACCACCUGUAUGAAAAACACAACUUUCAUAUAGCUAAACCGGAUAACCUAAUCUUCAUUGAUGAGCUAGUAAACACUAUUGCAACAAAACUGGAGAAGUUGCAAUGCAUUUUUUGUGAAGGCAACUUCAAAGACCGAACCAUACUUAAAGAGCACAUGCGUAAGAAAGGACACAAAAGAAUUAAUCCUGAAAACAAGGAGUAUGACAAAUACUUUCUAGUCAAUUACGUGAGUGAUAAACAGCAACAUAAACAGAACUAUAGGCUAAAUAAAAAUAAUAUCACAAAGAAGUCACCGGAUUAUGAAAACGACUCCAACGUUGACAGUGAUCCGGAAUGGUCAGAAUGGACCGAAGAAAACGGACCGUUAAUCACAUGUCUCUUAUGUGAACACACAGAGAAAGAAUAUGACAAAAUUUUAGAACACAUGGAAAAGCAACACGAAUUUUCAUUCGCAAAAGCAACGGAAGGAAUGGAUUUUUAUCACAAAGUUAAAAUCGUUAAUUACAUACGUCGUCAAAUACAUAUGAAGCAAUGUCUAGCUUGUGAAACAAAGUUCGAUGACUCAAAGAAUUUAGAAAAACAUUUGAGAGAUAUGAAACAUUGGGUAUUGUGUAAAGAGAAAUGGGAUCAACCGGAAUAUUAUUUUCCUACAUACGAAGAUGAUUUGUUCCUAUGUUUUAUUCAAGAUGAUGAUGAAAGUUGGUGGUCUGGUGAUGAUCAAGAUGUUGAGAAGAGGAAUAGCAUGUCGGACAGUAUAUCUAAAGAAAUGGCCAUGGCGGUACUAAAUGAUUGAAUUGGUGGUUAUGUAGAAAUGAUCUGGCUUCCAAGUGAAAGACUGAUAUACUUUGUUAAAGUUGGUGAAAUGUGGUAUACAAUAUGCAUUUGUAUAUAGUAAUUAUAUGCAAUAAUACUUGUGCUUUAUAAUGUUUAAAUUAAGUUUUAUGAAAUAUAAAAAGUUAGAAUUCUUGGCCAUUAUAUUAUAAGUGUUCAAAUAAUAUUAAUUAUCAUAUUGUUUUUUAUAUGUACUGUCAUGAAAUAACUUGUUAU